AUGGGCGGCCGGAGAGGCUCUGAAGUGCGCGUGCGCCUCUGGCGGUUCCACUCGCGUCCCGCAGAUGGUUGGGGAGGGAGCGGGGGACAAGGGAACGCCGAGCGGUGGUUUGCUGGCUUGCUGCGCAUGCGUGCCUGCGCUGCCCGGCGGCUCUGCUUUUUCCGAGGCGAGGAGCUCAAGCGUCGCGGUGGCAAUUUCAAGAUGGGGAGGAACUGGAAAGGGCGUCCGGUUUCGCUGCGCGCGUGCGCACAGGAUGGGGACGAUUAGCAUUUCGGCGGCCGCUGCUGCAAACGUGCCUUUGGGAGGCGAGACUGCGGGGGAGGGGAUAGAUAAAUAAAUGAAUAAAUGCUGCGCUGGAGGAGGGGGGCUUCGCCAUCGACACACAAUGCACAAAUGCGUAAUGCACGCCUCAAAUGGAGUUGCGUCGUAUAAGCCAGAAGCAGCCCAAGGAGACAUAACAGGUCGACGCUAGGGCAUGGAUACAGGGAAGUAGUAAGCGGUGUUCUAGGUCCCACAGGUUUUAAUCCCAAGUAAAUGAAUUUGGGAAUGCAGCGCUAAGGUACAAUAGCGUUGAACUUCGGGGUGUUUUCAGGUCAGCGUGAAGGCAGCGUGUUCCAAAAGUAGUAUUGCGCCAAGGGUGAGAGCCGCGGCUAAGUGUGGGCAGGUGGAGCUCUCUAACCAGGAGUGCUAAUGUGGUUUGAACUAUGUGCUUUUCUUUGGGUGCAGAGUUGCUACCUAACAGUGCAAUCCUAUACAUGUCAGUUUAACAGUAAAACCCAGGUCAGCAAGCUUAGGAUUUCAAUUUUGCAUGUCAGAAAUUAACGAUAAAAGACUUCCAAGGUUGCAGUCCUAAAUACACUUCUCAGGAACUGAGUUGAACACAGGGAUGUGUCCUUAGGAGCAAACGUGCAAUCUGCUCAAAAAUAAAGUUGCCUGAUUUCACACAGACAGCCAGCAGCUCCCUCCCCGCCCGCCCCCCCCCCCCCGCAGAUGCUUCAUUUCAUUAUCUCACUAUCGUUUGAACCCCAUCUCUGCCCCCAAGUAACUCAAGGCAUUUAUAAAGGGGUGUUUCAUUUAUCCACACAACAGCUAAAUACUGAGAUAGGUUGAAAGAUUGUGAAUUGAACUCUAAGGCUGCAGUCCUAAAAAACCUCAUCAGUAAGUCUCUUCAGUGAUGCUCCCUUCUGGAUGAACUCUAAGCUACCCAGUGAGUUUUAGAGCUGAUCAGGAACUUAAACCUUGGAUUUGUACACACACACACACCCCAACACCACAUCUGUCUUUACAGAAGGAUGGUCUUUUAUUUUGGGAGGCAGAUUGUGUGGUGGAUUGGGCAGCAGUUGUCAGCUUUUGGGGCCCUUGGGGCACCAUUGCAUACUAAAGAAACUGCCAUGAUGAACACUCCACCCCACUACAAACAAGGACACAUUCUGCCUCCAAUGGAAUAUUUAUUUCAAGUCUGAUUUUAGUGGUGGGAAAGGGACCCUGCAAGAAGCAGUGAAGACUUCUGUGGGUAUUUGAGUGCCUGCAGGUACCUCACUGGCAACCCCUGGUUACUGUGUUAAUUGUGAUUACAUUGUGAUAAUAAAAUGGGUGGAACUCAUGAGCUCCUUGGGUGGAACUCAUGAGUGCAUUUAAAGCACCAUGAUACCAUUUAGCCAUAGCUUUCCCCCCAAAAAUAUAUGAACUCUAGUUUGUUAGGAGUGAUGAGGGUUGUUAGGAGGCCUCCUGUUGCCCUCCCAGAACUACAAGUCCCACAAUUUACUAUGAAGAGGGAUUGAUGGUUAAACCACUCUGGGAAUUGCAGGUCUUUUAGGGUCUCCUAACAACUCUCAGCAUCCUUGACAAACAACAGCUCCCAGAUUUACAUCUAUCAAGACUUUAUGUGGUAUGAUAGUGCUUUAAAUGUAUGGCAUGAAUGUAGCAAAGGAUUGGUUGAAAACGAUGCAGGUAGAAAAUUAAAUGCAUGUGAAUGAAUUCUCUACAUGCAGUCGGUCCUUUUAGAAGGUGUCUUCUUUAUAAAAAUGCUUGGGAAAACAACUCCCUUCUGCAUCAUUCUGUUAAAUAGAGACGGAAUAUAAUAGGUUAUAAUGUAGCACCCUCUCCUUCACCAAAAUAUCUUAUUGAGUGUUUGCUACAUAAUAAUUAUAUGUUUUGGAUCUUGGCUUUGAUCCAGAGAACAAGGGACAUAUUUAUGGGCAAUUGCUGCCUCCAGGAAACAAAAAAUCAUGAGUGCCUGCUGUUGCAUAGUAGUAACAUUUAUAGGUAACUACUAGCUUCAUUUGUGGAACAGUCAAAUUGGACUGUGGACUUUAACCGCCGUAUUCUUCUUGCUUCCCUUUUUCAGAGGGAAAUGUUUUAAAAUGUGUUUGUUUUCCUCUGGAAGAAUGCUAGUCAUUGCUUUGAGUAGGGGCAUGGCUUGCCACAGAGAGAGAAGGAGAGAUUAAAUUGGUUUCCACAAGUUCAGGUUGGCUGUGUGGGGCUGUUUUCACAGAAGAGGUAAGAUAAUUACAUCAGUGAAGCUUCAAAGUGUGCCGUGUGCUGUUCUGUCAUUUCAGAUUCUGGACUUAAUGGUCAUACUGGGCAGGGAGUAGGAUAGGGGAGUCUCUAAGUGGUAAUGUAUAUUACUUUUUUGAUCUUCAAAAUGCUUUGUUUUGGGGCCCUCCUCAUUCUGCUGAGUGGGGCCCAGGACAUCUUCUAUACAAGUCUUCCCUUGGUGGCACCACUGAAAGCAUGUUUUGUAUUUGCUGCUUUCACAGAAAACAGCCCUCAGGGUGAAGUAAAUGCAGCUGCCCAGCAAAUGAGCCCCAGACCUGGAGGUUAUCGCUAGAAAAUUCUUUUAUGUCCAAGCAAUCCCGAAUAUGUCAUCUAGCUUUUAUCAGAGCGAUGCCUACAACUUGAUAGUGUGGCACGAAUACAGAAAACUUUUCCUUAGGAUAUAAUGAGGCAUGACCUGUUUCAAUAACAGUUGUGGGAACAUUCGGUGUAGGGAGAGAAGUAGAAUAACAUCUAAUGAGCUAUAGCUAAUGAGCCAUACCCCUUUACCUGUUGUGUGCUCAGUGAGAUAGAUGGACAUGAGCUACAGAAAUAUAAUCUUGUAUUUAUUCUCUAUUGGCAGGUCACAUCUGGAAACUCUUUAUAUUUUGCCCCAUAUGUGCAAUGCUUUAGAAGUAUCUUGCUUUAAAACAUUUAAAUUUUAUGUCAUCAGCUUUCAACAUGUUAUGUGCAACCCGAUCCUAUGCAUGUUUACUUGGAAGUAAGUCCCACUGUGUUGAGUGGCAUUUUCCUGCAGUAAGAGGAUUGAAACCCUGCUUGGCAUUUAGAUACCACCUUUUAAUGGCCAAAAAACCCACCAGCGAGGCAGUUUUGAAAGAAAUGGAAGAUUUUCUUUUAAAUUUUUUUUUCCCAAGAAACGCUUCUAAUAAAAUCAAAAUAAUCAAGGGAGAUAAUUAAAUCAGAGGACAAGGAGAAGAAAAACAACACCAGGAAUAACAUAAUCUUCCAUGCCUAUGAAUUUAGCUAAAUAAAAAUGUCUUGCAGUACAAUAUUAUGUGUUCCUACUAUGCCCAAUGAGGCCAUACACCUAGUUAAAAUUACAGUCUGAAUAAGCCUUCUAAAGAUUCUAAGAUACUAAACUUGGUAGACCCUACUAGAGAGACAUUCCCUAGAAAUUCUCAUAGCUGUGGUUUCAUCAUAAUAGGACAUGGGUACACAACAUGGUGCUCUCUAGUGGUUGGACUCAACUUGACUAGCAUGAUCAAUUGACCAGCAUAGUCAAUGAUGGGAGCUUUCUCUGCAGUACAACAUGCGCUGAACGUGCAUCUGUCUAACAGACGAUAAAGACAAUGAAGAUGACACAGGGUGAAGGUGACAUAAGGGAACAAUGUCAUCUUACACUAUUUAAUGGAGCAGAGAUGCAGAUUUAUUUUGGAAGAGGUCCUCUUUAAGAUUUUGAUGAUGAUGAUGAUCGCAACACAAAAAUACAAAAUGAGAACACAAAAUAGAUGUGGGUAUCCAUCUGUCUCAAAAGACAAAUGGAGUGUGCUUCUGGGGGCAAAGUCAAACCACUGGAGAAUCACAGCACCCACCAUGGCUGCAGAGACCCAUAACUCAUAACUGCUGCCUCCCAUGUUGCUUUUGCUGCAGGGCAAUGUGUAUGGAGCUCCUGGACUGCCCAGAUGACAAUACCCUUUUCUGGCUUCACUGAUGUGGUCCAAAGGAAAGCAGACCAAUACAUUUGGCACCAGGUUGGGUGAAGGAGUUGCCAGAAAGAGGCAUACAAGACACCACCCACUCUUGUGUAGGGUUUACUCCUUGGCUUUUUCUUCUUCCAAGUAUGCCCCACAAGGCAGUGGGUACAAAUUUUUCCUUGGGUUUACUCCCAAAGCCUUUCUCAUGAAAGACUAUAGCCUCAAGGCAAUGGAGGUUUAGAAUCAGAGUUUUCCUUUUCCUGGGAUGUUAGGAUAUUUCCGUUCCUCCUUAAAAAGGGAACAGGCUGUUGUGUGUCACAAGCGUGCGUACUUCCUGCUCACAGGGAGUUUCCGUUUUGUAUAUAGCUUUUGUCUCUGGCUGUCUCCUCGACAUGAAGGCAAGCAGUCAUGUUUUUCCUUUGUUCUGACCAACGUUGAAUAAAGCUGUAAAUAUGCUCUUCUGGGUGCAUCUUCUGUUGCGGAGUCUGCUGAAAAGGGCGUGCAUGAGUCUUGGAAUGUGUCUGAGGCUCGUGUUGCUAAUUGACUGAUGCUGUUCUACGGGAGAUCGAGAGAUCGUCUGGAGAAGAUGUGUAGGCUGCAUGAUGGCCUUUGUCUCCCUGGCAGUAUCCCAACAUGGGCUACCUUCCCAGGUUUACAAGCCCCAUCUGCUCCUCAUUUCCCUUUACAGCACAUGCAUCAACUGCCUUCUUGACUGUUGGAGGCACUGUUAGUCUUCUACUGUCUUCACAGGCAGAGGAAGUUCUUAACUCACCGAGAGUUUGAGACUCAUUGGCUAUCCAGUCAAAGCCAUUCCCAGGGUGUGGCUGCUGUCACAUGCUGACAGCUUCUAGGAGCCAAAGGUGAGAACUGAGUGCAUGUUGAGGAGCCAAAGGUGGAUAAACUUUCAAGAACUUCUGUAUGUACUGAUGGGCCAACACAGGUUUUUGGGUGUGUAGAGGCAGUUUGGACCUGUGUUCAGUGUAACAUGUGAACAAGCCUAGAAUUAUGGCAUAUCAAGUGGUAGUUUCCUCUUUGGAGCAGAUCCAAAGCUCCUUAAGGAAGGCAAACGUCUGAGACUAGAGGCUUCCAGCACAAGCUGGACAUUCUCUUUACCAAGUGCUCAUACUUCAACAAAUUACUAUUGUGCACGACAUAGGCUCUGCUGAUGUUGCAAAUGCUGAUGGCUAACUACCAUGGUCAUUAAGAUUAUUAAUUGAAUAUUGCCCCUUGUUAAAAGUGAUCACAGUUAACCAAGCACUUAAUGUGAAAUAUAAAACAAUUUGUUUAAGCAUCAAAUAUGAUUGAUGAAUUUAUCAUCAAUAUCAUGAUGUAGCUAUCUCUCUCAUACCCAGAGCUGCUACAAUAAUGAUUUGUUGUAUAAUUAUUUCAUAAAUGUUAGACAUGCCAUUUAAACCAGUCCUUACCAGAAGCUGUAACAAAUUAGUGUUGUGUUUAACAACUAUAUUUGACAGCUUUCUUUCACAUUCUAACAUAAUAGUUUUCAAUAGAACAUUUUAGCCUAACAACUUUGCCCUUGUCUGGAGCAGAAACAAAUUAGCUUAAUGUAAUUUUCAAAAGAUGAAUUAAAUAGCAAGAUGUUCAACAUUAAUAUUGAUAUAUGUUCUAAUGAAGUAGGAAGACCAACAUCCCGAGGCCAACUUCCUGUAUUAUGAUUAUCCUUUCUUAUAUUGUGAACUGCUUAGAAAAUAGGAAAAUGAGAUAUUUUGAAAAGGAAAUUUCAAACCUAAAAACAGGCUCUUCUAUCAGUGUUACCAGACAUUUUCUGGCAGACAUCCUAUUCCUUCAGAAGCUAUAUAACCAACAAAAACAUCAUGCUUUCCCAGUUACUGUCUAUCCAUGCUAGAGAAUGUUUUACACAUCAAAUCUAUGUCUCUCAUACUGUCGUUAAAGAUAUUUCCUUGUCAGAAAUUGUUACUGAUGCAUGUGAUCUGUCAACAGCAGCAGCAGUAAAAUCUUAGUGGUUCAUUUUAGGCAGGAGGUAGACGUUGUUUGAGAAGAGGCAUCACCUCCUAUAAUUUACAAUGCACAAUUGUUUUGUCCAGCUGUUGACUUUGGUUAAAAAUACUUUUUUCAGGAUUUUGUCACAAUUCAAAAACUGUUUACCAGAGUAAAGGUGGUUUGAAUACAUCUGCCAGAUUAAGAUGAAUGUAUUGCCGAAAAUGUUGUUUUUAUUUCAACCAAUCCCAGUGAUAAGUAACACGAAUUGUUUUAAGGAUUGGCAGAGAGACAUUUCAAGAUUUAUCUAGAGAGGCAAGAAGCCAAGAAUAAAAUAUAAGUUAUUAACGGAUCUUAAAGAAAGAGGAGGCUUCUCGCUACCAGAUAUAAAACUAUACUAUGAAGCCUCUUGUCUGUGCUGGGUACGGGAUUGGAUAACAUUGAAGAAUGUAGAUUUACUAGAUUUAGAAGGACAUGACAAUAGAUUUGGAUGGCAUGCAUAUCUGUGGUAUCAGAAGGCCGAGGUACACAGAAGCUUCCAGAAUCAUAUAAUAAGAAAGACAAUCUUUAAAGUUUGGGGAAAAUAUAAAUAUCUACUAGAACAAAAAACACCAUUGUGGCUUUCGCCACUGGAAGCAAUAGCAUUGAAAAAAGUAAAUAUGAAACCCAACUGGGGAACAUAUAGAGAGCUGUUAAUGGAAAUGGAUAAUAAAUUAAAAUUAAAACAAUAUAAUGAAAUAAAAGAAGAGGUAACAGUUUGGUUACAAUAUUUUCAAUUAUGUGAAACAUUUAAAAAUUAUAAAAAGAAAGGAUUUGCAUAUGAAAUCUCAAAAUUUCAGAGGGAAAUAAUAGAAAGUGAUUAUAAAUUAUUAUAAAAAAUGUAUAAUAUACUGUUGGAAUGGGAGACAAAGGAUGAAGAGGUCAAAUGUGUAAUGAUAAAGUGGGCAAAAGAUGUGGGACACAAUAUACAGCUGACAGACAGAUUGUGGAGAAAUGAUAUAGUAUUCACAGCAUGUACAGCACUCAAGGAGAACUAUAUGAAAAUGAUGUAUAGAUGGUAUUUAACACCAGCUAAACUAUCAAUAAUGUACGAAACAAAAGAUGCUGGAAGUGUAAAGAGGUAGAAGGUACAUUUUACCAUAUGUGGUGGCAAUGUAAGGUCAUAAAAAGCCUUUCAGAAAUGAUUUAUAAUGAAUUGGGAAAAAAAUGUUUAAAAUAACCUUUGUUAAAAAACCAGAAGCGUUUUUAAUAGGUAUAAUUGGAACAGAUAUACCGAAAUAAUAUAAAGCUUUAUUUAUGUAUGCAACAACAGCCACAUGGACAUUGAUAGCCCAACAAUGGAAAGAAGAACAAGUCCCAACUAAGGAAGAUUGGCAACGUAAAUUAAUGGAAUAUGCUGAAAUGGCCAAAUUAACUGGAAGACUAAGAAAUCAAGAGGACAGCAAAUAUAAAAUAGAAUGGAGAAUGUUUAUUGCAUAUUUACAAAAGCAUUGUAAAGAAGUUAACACAGUAGCAGGUUUCUUAAAAUCACUUGUAAUACUAAGUACAAUGUUUGAAUUUGGAAAUAUUUAAAGGUAAGAAAAUUAUAGACAUGUAUAACACAAAAGAACUGGGGAAGGGAAUGGAGGGAAGUCAAGGGAUCAGAGGAAUCCCAAAAUAUGGAUUUAAUAUGGUAUGUAAAUGCCUUAUUUUUAAUUUUUAUUGCAUUUGUUUAUUAAUGUAUGUGAAGAUAAUGUUUGAUUGUGAAAUAUAUAUAUAUAUAUAUUAAAAAUGAAUAGAUCUGCCAGAAGCAGCAAUCUAUGUUUCAUAUUGUCUUCAACCAUUGGCUGUGGCAGCACAGGAACUCUCUGUCUCCUGCCCAACAUGAUGACCAAAUUGUCAUGCUGAUGGUUUGUUUUGAAUUGUUCCAGGAAGAGUUCAGCUGCUGCCAGGACCAUAUAACACUGGUCCUAAAAGAUCUACAUUGGCUCCCAGUACGUUUCUGAACACAGUUCAAAGUGUCGGUGUUGACCUUUAAAGCCCUAAAUGGCUUUGGCCUUGUAUACCUGAAGGAGUGUCUUCACCCCCAUCAUUUAGCCCAGGCACUGAAGUCCAGUUCUAAGGGCCUUCUCGGUAGUUGCAACCGCCCUGUGGAACGCCCUCCCAUCAGAUGCCAAGGAGAUAAAAGACAUCUGAAGGCAUCCCUGUAUAGGGAAGUUUUUAAUGUUUGAUGAUUUACUGUGUUUGAUGUUUUAAUUAUUUGGAUGCUUACUAGAGUGGCAGGGCAACCCAGUCAGAUGGGUGGCAUAUAAAGAAAUGAUGAUGAUGAUGAAAGGUCUAUGAUUAUUUCAUCAUUUCACAUGUUCAGUUUCCAACUCAGCCAUAUUUACUAGCCUUUUUCUUCUUCUCUCAAACCAGUUUUGGUAAUCUUGCAACCGUGUUGUAAAUAUGAAAUGAAAUGAAAUUUAUUAUGGUCCCAGACCAGAUUCACAUACUGUACUAAGCAAACAUAAAACACAAUAGAAUUAAGUUUGAAUUAACAAUUGGAUAUGAUAGUAAACAAUACGAAUAUGACAGCCAUUGGAAAAGGCUACCUGUUGCAAAGAUGGGUUCAGAGUAAUGGGCCAAAAUCUUCAUGGAUUAUUAAACUCAUAUUGGGAACAACCCAGUUCAGUCUUGUGGAUCUGAUGCUUCCUUCCACAUGUGCAACCAUCAUGAAAGUGGCUAGGUGCAACACAGUCCAUCAGAGGCUGCUCCAUGAGGCAGGCAUAUCAUCAGCUUUUCCUUACAUACUUAUGGUUUUAUGACACCACUUGCACUUUCCCCCAAAGGUGAUUAUGCCAUGGUAUGGUGACACUGCCAUACAGAAACACUUUAUGAAACCAGGUUGCCAGCUGUGUACUAUUACCUUGCUAUGAUUCUAUGUGUCUUGCUAUGAUUCUAUAUGAUCCCGAAUGGGGUCAUUAUUUCUGUGAAUCAGUCAUAAAUGAAGCUGUGGGGAGGUUUUAUGUGAUUCUGUGUUUUUGUUUUGUUUUUAUAUCUGGUAUCCAUAAGAACUAAGUUCAGGAAUCCUGAUUAGCCUUGAGCAGAUGAGUUUCCUGCACUGCAGAGGUUUGGACUAGAUGACUCUUGGGAUCGCUUCCAACUCUACAAUUUUAUGUCAGAAAGGUGGCUUGGGGGGUGGGGAAGCAGGAAACCCAUUUCUUUGCCUCCUUUCUUUAUUUCUUUCAACUAGUAAUGUUAUGUGAUGUAAACAAUCCCCUUUAUUAUCCCGCUAACGCUGCCACCAAAUGUGGAAGAUUAUAGCUACCAUUAUGUAUUGCUUAUUAUGUUCAAUACUAUUUCUCCAUUGCCACCAUAUAUUUAAAAUACCAUCCAAUAAUAAACCUUAGUUCACUCACCGUGGGCUAUGAUUAACUGUGGUACAAAACACUACAGGCAGACCCAGCAUAAAGCACAACAAAAAUGUAAGUUGUAUGUUAUUAUUGAUUAACUGAGAAUAUAAGCAGAUGGUUAUGUUUAGCUAGGAAGGGUACUAAUUGUUUUAUCUGUAUGCCAUCUUUCCACCAAAGAACGGUGCUCAAAAUGGCUUACAAAAGAGCAAUAGUAAGACUAGAACAUAAUAGCCGCACACAUAACAUCAUACAAAGAUAUUUCAGUAAUAUAAAGGUAACAUUAGACCUCCAAGCAAUAGCAAAAAUAACAAAGGAGCUGGACAGUUUCAUCUUCCAUGCUCUCACCUCGGACACUGAUUCUGGGCCAGAGGAGCUAGGAUAUGGAAGCAAUUUUGCAGCUCCAAAGACAAAGUGUGGCUCAUGACUGUCCUUCUGUGCAUCACAUUCCUCCAGUGAGGUUAGUCUCUUGCAAUCUUCCUCCUCCUGCCUAGGGGGCACCCCAUCUGUGGUGUUGUUCCAUCACAGUCAGCUCAGCUCUUGAGAAACGCUGCAUGUUGUCCUGUAGCUCCAAGUGUGACUAGGCAGGCCUCAAGUUGCUGUACCUUCUCUUCCAGUAAGACAACCAGCUUGCACUUGCUGCAAGUGUGCUGUUGCAUGUUCUCCGGCAGAAAGACAAACAUAGCAUAGGUGUUGCAGGUCACUGGAGCAGCUCCCUCACCCUCCAUGCCUCUUGGUCCUAUACACUGUGAGACAGUACUCUGGACCUCCCUUAAACUCCUUCACUGUGAGUGGAAGGGGACCCUCUUCCCAUCCUUUGGAUCCCUUGGGAAAUUCAACAAGCCUGUUGUACCUGAAACUGGGUGUGGAGAGUGCAGCUGAACUGGACACAGCUGUGGACAACCUAAGGAAGUACCAUCCACCUUGGGCCUGCCCAUAAAAAGCAAGUCUAGAGUGAGAACCUAAGGUGAUAGCCACUGUUCUCAUGAACUCUUCUUCUUGUGAGACUUUUGUGAGUGACCCAAGAGUAUGUUGGACCCUGGGUGAGAACCUGCAGGCUGAGAGGGUGGGUGCAUCAGAAGAUAAUGAAUUGAUAUUUAUAGACAUUUAGUAACUUUGUACAGUCGUACCUUGGAAGUCGAACGGAAUCCGUUCCGGAAGUCUGUUCAACUUCCAAAACCAAAUUGUGGCUUAUGAUUGGCUGCAGGAAGCUCCUGCAGCCAAUCAGAAGCUGUGGAAGCCCCAUCAGACAUUUGGGUUACAAAAGAACAUUUGCAAACCGGAACAAUCACUUCCGGGUUUGUGGCGUCCAGGAGCCAAAACGUCCGAGUUCCAGAGCGUUCAGGAUCCAAGGUACGACUGUAUUAAUGUAACCUUUUUAUAUGUAACCACAUAUUUUUGUAAUAUUUUGUUUCAGUUGUCUGCUGUUCCUUCAAUUUUCUAUACACUGCUUAGAGCUAUUUUAAUUCAUUAAGUAGUAUAGAAGUUAAAAUAGUCAAUCAACCUUGCAGUUCCCAGCAGGUCAAGAUAGUAUACACAAUUAACUGUAUUCCAAAAUGUGAAUUUCUAUGGGCAGGAUUCACAAAAUAAUUCCCAUCCAUAGAAGCCCUGCUCAAAGAUUUCACUUGUGCAGUGGGGCUCCCCCUGCAUGCCCCCCCAUUGGCCAGGGUCUGGGUGGGUGGGAGAACUCCCAGAAAAGUGUACAGGGAGAGAAAAGCAAGAGAUCGUUCAGCCUGCAGUGGUGGAAUUCUUGCCCAUACAUGCAGAAAGUAUGCGCUUUUUUGAAUGGCUUUUUAGCCUGAAUUAUAAAGGGCUUUUAUAAAAUAAAAACAACAAUAUUUUGCAUUAAAAUGUACUUAUUGGAAAUUUUCCCAAAGAAGAAUUGAACAGAAGGUAAAAUUUCAAUGUGUGACUUCUCUUGUCACUCACUAACGUGAGGGGAAAACACAUGUAAUCUGGUACAAUUCAUGAGGUUAAAAUCAUUGGAGAAAUGCCCCCUGUUUGGAUUAUUUCAAAUGCCUGUCUGGCCAAGGUUAAUUGCUGCAUGACACAAAUUCAGCAGGUGCAACUUGUAGGAGCAACAAAUCUUACACUAGCUGAAUUUUUGCCCAGCAUGCUCUUCUUAAAUUCAUGAAGUCUCUGUAAAAGAAGAAAAGCUUGACAAUCCUACCUUAAGGCUCUGAAUAAAGUCACCAUAAGUACUCGAGCACAUAAGCAAAAGUAGGAUACAGCUGUCAAGGUGAACACAGGAACUUUCAAGAUAAAGCAUUAUUCCCUUUAUCCAUACCCCUCAGCUUCCAGCUGAUAGUAUUUUCCCAUACCUGAAAUUUCCAUGAAAGUUCUUAGCUUCAUGCUCAAAAGCAAAUUUAUAUCACUAUCCUGUAGGUGCAGGUGAUGUCUCUCCACAGAAAAAGACAAGAAGUCUGGAGCUUACGGUGGAAUCUAAGCUUUUGCCAUAUUUACUCCUAGGUGGACACAGGUGGCUCUAUGGGAGUUGUAGCGCAUCUCAGCUUCUGA